CCACUCGUCGCCUUCUCUCUGCGCGCGCCGUCGCGCAUGGCCGCCGCCCUCGCCGCGUGCCCCGCGGGCGGGCGCAUGGCCGUGAGCCUGCUCGCGGCGGCGCAGGCGCACCUCGCCGUGCGCUUCUCGCGUCCAGACCUCCACGCGCACCCGUUCGCGGGCGUGCCGUACACGCUCACGGAGGAGGGCCUCCCGGUCCUCGACGGCGCGCUCGGCGCGCUCUCGUGCAUCCUCGUCGCGCGCCCGUGGCCGCUCCACGACCUCGGCUCGCUCCACCAUGGCGUGCACCCCGGUGAUGUGCCCUGGGAGGGCGACGGCGUUGCGUCUGAGCUGUUCGUUGCGCGGGUCACGCGGGUGGAGAGCCUCCCCGGGGAUGCCGCAAAGACUCCGUUGCUUUACCAUCGGCGAGCGUAUGCCACGACUGCGGAUAUACCCGUACCUGCGUCGUCGAAACCAAAGCCAUGACAUGUUCACCCUACGCGACCAUUUUGAAAAAGUAUAGAGAUUAUUGUACGCAAUGCUUCACUUGUUCUUGCUUCUACAGAAGUAUAAUAUAGCUACACAACAAA